GCUCUCCCAAUACUCUCUCUCUCUCCUUCACCAUUUCACGCCCAGCAGCAUGGCGGACCUCACGCAGGACGAGAUCGCCCGCCGCUGCCAGGACCUCGUGUUCAAAGUCGGCUACAGCUUCUACGAUGAGCCCUACCGUAUCCUCCUGUGGAUUCUGGUCGAGGAGAGUGUGAUUACGGAGAAGAAACUUAGCGAGAUCCUCGGCGUCGGUGUCAACGAUGUGCGCAAGUACAUCGGUAUGCUCUACACACAUCGACUAGUCAAGCGCUAUGUGAACAAAGAAAAAGCGGCGCUCAACUCGUUCCAACAACGCGCCAUCGCGAACGGCGGCACCGUUGCGGGCGUGCCGCCAGGCAUGAUGAGCCGCACGCGCGACGUCAUCUACUGGUAUCUGGACUACCGCGAGUUCUCGGACGUGGUGAAAUAUCGCAUCGCGAUGAUGCGCAAGGCGAUCGACGCGAAGAUGACAAGCGAGGUCGGCAAACGCGGGUACCUCUGCCCAUUGUGCCACAAAGUGUACGACCCGCUGGACUUGGCGCACCUCUUUGAUUCGCGCGCCAAUGCCUUCCUGUGCGAAGCCGACGGGGCCGAGCUCAUCGAGGACGACCCUGCGAUGCACGGCGACGAGAAUGCGAGCCAGGACCGGAUGCAGCGGUUCAACGUCGCGACCGCGCCGAUCCGUGAUGCGCUCAAAAGUAUCGAGGGCGCGCGGCUACCUACCGUCAACAUUUUGGCGUGGAUCGCGCAGAACGUCGCGUCGGACGCUGCGCCGACCGAGGCCGAGGGUGCCGAGAUCCGGCGCGUCGAUGUCGUGUUUGGCGUCGAUAACGCGCCCAAAGAGGAGAAGAAGAAGGCGCACGAGGCGCUGGCAAUCUGGCACACACAAAGUACGGUUACGGGCGAGAUGACGGCCGAGGGCAACAAAGAGGCGGCGGCGCAGGCCAAGGCUGCCGCAGCGGCAGAGGCGGCGGCGGGGCCGCGCGAGGAUGGGCCCAAGGUCGACGACCUCAGCGCGUACUAUGACCGCAUGGAUGAGGAGGAGGCCAUGCUCGACGACACGAUUGACACUACGGAAAGCACGCCGGCGCCGGACACGAGCGCUGUGGCUACGCCCAGCGGCGCAGCCGACGUCAUGAUCAUGGUCGCAGGCAAGCCGAUGAAGAUAAGCGAUGUCACGGAGGCCGACGAGGAGCUCAUGACGCCUGACGAGUACGAGGCGUACUUUGAGGCGACGUCGACACAGGUUUAGCGAGAGUCUGAGCAUACAUCAUACGCAAUGCUACACUGUAUCUAUAGCG